AUGUAUUCAAGAUUAGAAUUGGUUUUAGAGAAUCAAGUAAAACUCCUUGCUAAUCUAUCAAUAGAUAAAAACCAGCAAGAAAAUGAUGAUACCCAAAACAAUAACAUCUUAUACAAAAAUCAUAAGCUAAGUUUAGUAUUACUACAAGAAAAGGAGCAUAACAUAGACAAUCCCACAUAUGACCAUCCAGAUUCCCAGAAUAUUCCAUCGUUGCAACAUAUACGGAAUACAAUUAGUAUUCUAUUAAACGAUUUGGUUGUUUUAAACAAACAAGCUUUAUCCCAUAAUGACCCGGAUUACAGUUUAUUAUUGGAUUUAAAUGAUUUACAAGUUUAUUUGGAUGAAUUUGAUCUAUAUUAUAAAAACUUAGUUGAACUGAUAAAUGAAAAUGGCAAGGACAGUGAUAUAGAUACUAUUUUACCAAACAAUGACACCAACCUACCACUAGAUUCAAUAGAUCUAAUAAAUUAUAAUUCCUUGCUAUUAGCCUACAACAACGAUCAAAAUAAUCCUACCGUCCAUAGUGGUGCCAGUAAAAAUAGCGAUACUCUUAUAAAAUUACGCAAGUUAAAAUCAAUAGAAAAUUCAUUAAACAACAACAUUAAUAAAUUACAAUCCAUGAUAGAAAAGAAUCAAAAACUCUUAAUUGAAAUAAUAACACCAAAAAUAGAUCAGCUAGCAGAAGAAUAUACAGAAAAUUUUGUUAAACCAUAUAAUUCGCAAAUAAUAAAAAUUUGGCACAAAAUUUACAACCGUAUCAUACUAAACUUACAAUUAGUUGAACAUUUUAAAUACUUGAAUGAUCUCAUUGUUAGAGAUAAUGAUACGCUUUCAUCAUCCUUGAUCAAGAUAGAUGUGAAUGACAUUAAAAAACUAUUUUAUAUUAAAGAGUUUAUCAUCAUGAGACAACAAGUAAUUAAAGAUGAAAUUGCAGUUUUAAAAAAAAAUACAAACCCUUUGAUAAAUCAGCAAAAUAAUUGGCAAAAAUGCUUAGCAGUUGUUAUUAAUUUGGAACACAGAAUAUUAAAAAUACUAAAAUCUUCCACUGAUUCCCCUGCCAACAACAAUAACAUUGAAAACGAGAAUCAACUAUUGGUGGAUAGUUUCCAAGUUUGUUUAAAGAAAUUAGAACUAAUCAUACAAAAUUCAAAAGAUAACAAUGAAAUUAUUGUAAAAUUUAUUGAAAAUGAAUACAAUGCAAUAUCUUUGGCAUAUAAGAGCUUUCUAAAAAAAUAA